AUGGUAGCUUCUAGUGUGGUUUUAGUGAGUGGGGAGGGUGAAAGAUUCACCGUGGACAAAAAAAUCGCGGAAAGGUCCCUGCUAUUGAAAAACUACUUGAACGAUAUGCAUGACAGCAACCUACAGAACAACUCAGACUCGGACUCGGACUCAGACUCAGAGAUGAACCACAAAAGCAAAGACAACAACAAUGGUGACGAUGACGACGAAAAUGACGAUGACGAGAUCGUGAUGCCCGUGCCCAAUGUUCGGUCCUCUGUUCUGCAGAAGGUUAUCGAAUGGGCAGAACACCACAGGGACUCCAAUUUCCCCGACGAAGACGACGAUGACUCCAGAAAGAGUGCCCCCGUGGACUCAUGGGACAGAGAGUUCCUGAAAGUGGACCAGGAGAUGCUGUACGAAAUCAUCCUGGCGGCAAAUUACCUAAACAUUAAGCCAUUGCUGGAUGCAGGUUGCAAAGUCGUUGCCGAGAUGAUCCGGGGCAGGUCUCCCGAGGAAAUAAGAAGAACGUUUAACAUCGUCAACGACUUCACCCCAGAGGAGGAAGCCGCCAUUAGACGUGAAAAUGAAUGGGCCGAAGACCGCUAG